AAGCCACAGUGUCCUCACAUUUCAAGUUUGUACAACACUCAUCAUAUCACACCAUAUAUAAGAACAAGUGUUCAUGGAAUCACUCACACUCAUCCUAGUAUCAUCUUCUUCAUCAUCAUCAUUUUCUCAGAACAAACAUAAACACUUGUUCAAAACCACAUGCCAAACAACAUCAACUUCAACAACGAUUCUCUGCAUGUUUCCCUUCGCAACCUCUCCCAACUCAGCACACGAAUGGAUUCGCUUCAGAGCUUUGUCUCCCAAUCCAUUCAAUCCCACACUCUCCUCACGCACCACCAAAUGAACAUCGUAUCCAACGAGAUCCUAACCGCAAUUCGCCACGUCAUCACCAACGGCGCAGCCUUAGUCGCCGCGUCGGAGAACGUGCUUCCCUUCUCGGAGACUCCCAACAACGAAACCAACGUGGUGGAGCUGGACGCGAUGGAACUCCUGGCGCAGCACCUCCACUUCUGCGAGGUGUGCGGGAAGGGCUUCACGCGCGACGCCAACCUUAGGAUGCACAUGCGAGCCCACGGGGACGAGUUCAAGACUGCGGACGCGCUCGCGAGCCGGGCGCGUGGGAAAACGACGCGGUUCUCGUGCCCCUUCGAAGGAUGCAACCGCAACAAGACGCACAAGAAGUUCAGGCCGUUGAAGUCGGUGUUCUGUCUGAGGAACCACUUCAAGAGGAGCCACUGUCCCAAAACGCUGUCGUGCGAGCGCUGUCGGAAGAAGAGCUUCGCGGUGCUCUCGGACUUGAGGAGUCACAUGAAGCAGUGUCGGGGAGAGGCCACGUGGAAGUGCUCGUGCGGAACCACGUUUUCGCGGAAGGACAAGCUGUUUGGACACGUGGCGCUGUUCGAGGGGCAUUUGCCUAUGCUUCAAGAGGAGAAGGAGACCUCGGCGGCGGCGGCGGUGGUAGCGGUGGUGGAAGGGUCGGUGAAGGAAAGUGACGGUGGUUUGGAUGGGUUACCUGAAGGGUUCUUUGAUGGGUUGGAUGAAUUCGGGUUUGGUUCCACUGAAAGCUCCUCUUCACCGGAAGAAACUUCGAUUUUGGGUUUCCCACAAAUAAUUUAAAUGGAAACUCAUUUCUAAUUUAAUCGGAAGAUAUUUGUUGCAAGUAUUUUAUGUGCUUGUUAAAAAAAAUAAAAAAGAAUAAAUAUUAGCAAGUGAAGAGUUAGUAAUCUUUUUUAAGUUCAUCCAAAAAAAAAGUUUUUGAAAUUGUAG